AUUCCACGUUCCCCACUUCCUCUCUCGUAUCGCGACUCCAGCUCUCCUCGCCACCGGACGCCUAGACGCCGCUCUCGCCUCCUCCCCUCUUGUCUCCCGUUCUACUCGCCUCCUCCCCUCCGCUCUCUCCGGUGAGACCGUCGCCUGAGUUUCCUCGUCUUCACGCAGGUUGUAGCAGGUGAGCCAUUGGCAACACCGUCGCCAGCAACCUUCUGUGUCCCCUCGUGUCCUCAGGCAGGCCGCAGCUAUCACCAGCAUCCAUGUGGCAGAUUGCUACCUUACUGAUUUGCCAAUGAUUUGAAGCUUAUGGCAUUCUUCAGAAAAGGAAUUGCAAAGUUGGCGACGGAGGCUAUAUCUAAUAGAAAAACUCCUUUCAUAACGUUUGUCUUGGGUGGUCCUGGCAGUGGGAAAGGAACUCAAUGCCAAAAAAUUGCUGACGUCUUCAACUUUGAACAUAUAUGUGCUGGUGAUUUAUUGAGAGAGGAAAUGUCCUCCAAUAGUCAAAAUGGAGUAAUGAUCCGUAGCAUAAUCAUGGAAGGGAUGAUUGUUCCUUCAGAAAUAACUAUCAACUUGCUCAAGAGAGAAAUUCAUUCUUGUGGGAACAAUAAUAAGGUUCUUAUUGAUGGUUUUCCUAGAAAUGAAGAAAAUCGCAUAACUUUUGAGAGGAUUGUUGGAGUAGAACCAGACCUUGUGCUUUUUUUUGACUGCCCUGAGGAGGAGAUUGUUGAACGAAUACUAAAACGGAAUCAGGGAAGAAUUGAUGAUAACAUUGACACAAUAAAGAAAAGGUUGGAAAGUUUCAAGAAACUGAGUCUUCCUGUAAUAGAUCAUUAUACUGCAAAAGGGAAAGUUUACAAGCUCAAAAAGUACCGAUGGAUGGACACAGAUAAACAAAGGAGACUGACAAAUUGUCAUGAAGGAAAGAGUGCAGUUAAAAAAGGCAAGGAUGAAAGCAGAUCGAGGCUGCCUGAGGCAUCCCAGCCAGAUAUGAAUGGUUAAAAAGUGGUCCUGCAUUAAUGAAAAGUUGUAGUCUUGCUCUUUCUUUUUUUCUCCUAGUUACCUUGGCUAACUGUUUCCUUAAGAAAAUAAGGUUGGAUCUGUAGAGCUGGAUUUUUGUCUAACUCUUUGGUUAUUCCAUGAUAAUAUGCCUGACCUCUCAUGGAUGAAUGCAUA